AUGAAGUUAGGCUGCUACUCAGUUUCGGUCCUGGAUUUCGAAACCGAACCGACUCUGCUUAUCUCUCAGGUAAAUUUCUCUGCUCCUUAUCUCUUCAUGGAGGCAGCUGUGGCCACAAUAUCGGUCUAUUGGGAGAUAAAGGGGUGUCCGGUUCCGGAUGGCUAUGAUGCUCUUCGGGUAGGUCCGUCUAUAAAACGUAAUUUGAGGAAGUUUAACUACACUGGCCCUAUCACCAUCACUGCCGUUGGCGUACUAUCAGAGGUCCCUCGAGAUUUCCUUGAAACCACUGGAGAGUGGAGUCAGUCUCUUUCUCAAGUCUUAGUUGUUUCUGAAACAGGUCCCACAUACAUGGUUUCGCUUUUCAUUGACUCCCCUGAUUCUAAGAUUCCACGUCCACAUAAUACCUAUGAAGACGACGAGGCUCCCCCUUGA